AUGAUUAGAAUUUUCAUUCCAAUUUCUACCGAAUGCAGUUUUGGCAGUAUUCAUUCAUUUUUUCAGGCUUCCGUGGCCGCCAAGCGCUUAACAACCUUUUUUCUGCGCAGUGAGCUUAAUGCCUGCUCGGUAUCGAGGGAACCAACGCCGGGCGUUGCUGCUGUAAUUGAACGUGGAGUAUUUGCUUGGGACCCCGAGGACGAACCUGUUCUGCACAAUGUUUCGAUGCAUUUCCCGGAAGGCCAGAUGACUGCUAUUGUUGGGCGUGUUGGCUCUGGUAAAUCUAGUCUUCUGCAGGCCCUGCUUGGUGAUAUGGAACAAUUCGCAGGCAGAGUAAAUGUCACGGUGAGUUAG